AUGUUAAAUAAUAGUAUUGGUGCACCAACACCAAAAUCAGUUUCAUCGGAGACAACAAAAACAUCUCUAUCAGAAACAAAUUUAAUAAUACCUGAAUGGGUUCAUUGUGAAAUAUGUAAACGACGUGAACAUAAUGGUUCAAAUAAUACUCGAUUACCACUUGGCUAUUGUCAUCCAUGUGGUCAUAUUAUCUGUCGAGAUUACAAAAUAAUUUACAAAAAAAAUUUUAUUUUUUAUUUUCUAUGUGCCUUAUGUUCAAAAUCUACACAUAUUUAUCCGAUUAAUUCCAAUUUACCACCGCAAAUAAAAGUAUUAUUUAUAUCACGUUAUGAAUUAGUACAUGUAACUGAAGCACAAGUACGCGAACAAGUUUAUAAACUUUAUUCAAAUAUGUAUAAACAAUUAUUUGAUGUAUUUGAUUAUCAAGAUGCAAAAUGGAAUCAAUUAAUGACGCAUAGAAUUGAAUAUUUAAGACAAAUGAAUAAAAUAAAAAAAGGAAUGAUGGAAUUAGAAGAAAUCAAACGUAUAAAUAAAGAAUUAUUAAAAAUUUUUCAAGGACAAGAACAAUGUAUUCAUCAAGAUCAUGACCGACAUCAACAAACUAUUCGACAAUAUCAAUCAACUAUUUCACCAGUACGACCAUCAUCAGUAGCUUCAUCAACAUCAUUAAAUUUUGGACCUCAACAACGACAACAGACAAAUCAUAAUCCUUCAUCAAUUAUAAAACCAAUGGUUAUGGGAACAUCACCAAAUCCUCAACAUCAUCAUGUACCUCCACCUGAACCUGAUAAAUUAAUGACAUAUGAACAAGCAAUGAUAUAUGCACAUCCAGCAUUAAAAGAUGCUUUGCGUUUAGCUCAUCGACACAGUAAUGAUCCUGUCAAAGAUCUAAGUCAUGUUCUCGAUUUUCUAUGUCAUGUCAAGUAUGUACAAAUUAUUGGUUGUCCUGAUAAUUUUGGUAGCAGUACAAUUAAAACUCAAUUUCUUUCAUUUGAUGUUUCGUUUUUUAAAUCAGUUGAAGAACUUGAACUUGAUUGUGUUCAAACAAAUCAAAUAACUGGUAUUGACAAUCUUAAAAAAACUGUUCGUCAUUUAUCAAUUCAUCGUAGUUUAACAUCAAUACGUGAAAUUGCUUUAAGUUCUCUAACUGAAAUUCCACCAUCAUCCAAUGAAUGGUUAAUUAGUACAUGGAAACUUGUUACUCAUCUUGAUUUAAGUAAAAAUUCUCUACAUCUUCUUGAUGAAUCACUUAAAUUAUUUUGUAAAACUGAAACAUUAGAUUUAAGUUAUAAUUUAUUAGAAACUACAAUAGAUCAUUUACAACAUUUACAUUUUCUGCAAAGUUUAAAUUUAUCAAAUAAUCGUUUACAUGAUGUAUCAGAUUUCAAUGCACGUGUUGGUAAUAUACGGUCAUUAGAUUUAUCAUUUAAUGAAUUAAUAACAACAGAUGGUUUAUCACGUCUUUAUUCAUUAAUAACGUUAAAUUUAUCAUCAAAUAAACUAGAUUCAAUUAAAAGUAUUGAAUUACUUGGAAGUUUACCAUGUUUAGAAAAUCUUUGUUUAAAAAAUAAUCCAUUAACACGUAUUGUUGAUUAUCGUAUACGUGUUUUUGCUGUAUUUCAUAAUCGAGCAAAAGAUGUUUGGUUAGAUGGACAAAUGCCUGAUCAACGUGAACUUGAUCGUGCUGCUGUCAUAAGUGCAAUGAGUCGAGCAAAACAAAAUGAAGCUGCACAAGCAACAAUGCUUGUUCAAAAAGUUUUAUCACCAACAAAACCAGUUCUUCUUUCAUCAUCAUUACUUAGACAAAAAUCAAAUAAUAAUUUUAAAAAUAUUAAUGUAGCUUCAUCAUGUCCAAGUAAUUUAUCAAUUAUUGAAAAACAACCCGAUGUGCCUUCACGUUCAAAUAUCCAACACACUCCACCGACAGAUUCUGUAACAUCAGUAAAUCAUAUUCAUUUAAUUGAUGAUGAUAAUACUGAAAACAUUUAUACUACUGAUAAGCCAUCAAGUGGUCUUCUUCCACCACCAACUAUUGGUGCACGUGUAUGGGCAAUGUAUCAAGGUUCUCGACGUUCUGGCACAGUUUUAAGUGUAAAUGAUAAACGUGGUAUUUUUAAAAUGCGUUUUGAUGAAUUUCCAACAGCUCAAUUCGAUUAUUCAUUCAGUUAUAACUCAUCAGCAUGGUCUUACAUUGGUGCUCCACCACCAUCAACAGAUUCUACAAUAACAUUAUUUGAAAGAAUUGUAAACGAACCAGAACCAUUAUUUACUAUUGCAAAAAAGUUUAAAUCAUUAAUUAAAUUUAUGUUACCACCUGAUUGGGAAUUGACACCUGAACAAAUUUUAUUGAUGAGUUAUGAUGAUCUUAGUCAAUUUGAUAUUGUAGCUUUUAUGCAAUCGUAUCGAGAAAAAAUGACAAAAAUUGUUGAACAACAUAAAGCUGAUGAAACACAUUGGCGAACAUCAACUCAACGUUUACAAGUAGAAGCAACUAAAUUACUUAAUCUUUGUGGAAUUCCAAUUCCGAUGGAUUGUUCAAUAGAAGAUUUUGAAGAACAUAUUGAACGUUACGUAACACAAGUUCAAAAAUCAUGUUGA